AUGACUAACUCAAAUGACAAUAUAGUUAAUCUUUAUAAUGUUCGACUCGAAGCAUUCAAUAUUGAUCAAAUAACUCUGAAUGCACAAACAAAACUUAAGCAAUGGCAUGCUGAAUCUGUUAAAACAAUCAAUGAUAUUUAUCAAAGAAAAUCACAAGAACUUACUUCUUAUUUAGAUGAAGCAAAAAAUCAAUAUGAAGAAAAAAAAUUAACAAUACAAUCAAACUUAAAUCAACUAAAAGACCAACAUGAAAUCAAUGAAGAAAAUAUUCCAGCUAAAUUAAUUAUUCGUUCUAUUGAACAGGAUUUAGACGAUAUUGAACAAUUAUGUAGACAAAUUAAUGUUCGACCAUUAACUAUUGAUGAUAGUUAUUUUCAUAUUGAAAAAAGAUUCAGUAUUCGAAAUUCUUUACAAACACCUUCAACAUUUGGUUAUUCUCAAAUUAGUUCAUCAGCCAUAGCUAGUAGUGACAAAUUUUUAUUAAUUCAUCAAAAUCCAUAUUUAUGUUUAAUUGAUCGUGAUUGUAGAAUGGUUCGUCAAGAUUUAUGGAAUCAUGAUUGGAUUCGUGAUAUGUGCUGGUCAUCUACAUUAUGUUGUUUUAUCAUUAUAACAAUAAAAGAUAUUUAUAUAAUUCAUGAAAAAAAUCUAUUGGUUGCUCCAUUUAAAGAACAAUUUAAUGAAACUUGGUUUUCCUGUACAUGUUCGGAUAAAUCUCUUUAUCUAUCAACAUGUGAAUGGGGUUCAUCAAUAUAUGAAUUAAGUCUUGGAUCUUCGAUGGAUUUAAUUAAACAAUGGAAAUCGCCAUUUACAUGUAAAUCUGGUGAAGGGAUUCAUGAUAUUAAAUGUAAUAAUGAAACACUUGCUUUAAUGAUUAAAGAUGGCAGAGAAAGUACAAGACGUAUGGAAUUAAAAUUAAUAAGUACAUUUACUACACUUUGGUCGCUUCCAUUAGGUGCUGCCCAUAAUCUUCGUUUAUUUACAUGUUGUCCUUUAAAACAUAAUGAAUGGCUUGUUAUUGAUGGAGUCGAAUCGAAUAUUUAUCAUAUUACAAAACAAGGAAAAAGCAAAGACAAUAUUCAUUAUCCUUCUGUACCUUAUCGAGCAAAUUUAUUUGGUUCAGAUAUAUUAGCUAUAGCAGCUGAAGAUAAUUUAAAUUUACAUAGAAUUCCAACCUAA